AGGAGAUCGUACACAAUGUGUGACAAUGGCAGUACCCAUGCCUUAUACCUCGAGACGAUAGUCGAAGAGACCAGCGAUGAUUUGCGCUCCGAGCGUUCUUCUGCCGCCACCUGGCUCUCUGACUCUGACGCCGACUCCGUCAUACACGUGCGGGGCACAGCUGGUAACGAUUCAUGUUCAGUUUAUAUUUUAAUAAAAGGAUCGGAGUGCGAUAGCGAGUCAGAACGCGAGUGGGCUUGCCCGGCCAAGCGGCGGCGGCGCGAACGCGGGCCCUCACCCGCCAGCUCAGGCUCGCUCUCACGGUCCUCGAGCCUUGCGCAGUUUGAGUCGCUGGAGAGAUCGUGUGCCGCACCUGCUUCGCCCAGCCUCUCGCCGGAUUCCCUGGAGUCGCCUCCAGCAUCGCCGCCGCCAGUUCGACCAGCCGCACGCGCGCAUCUCUCCGCGGAGAACCUCAGCGAGGACAGCGGGUACAGUGAGCGCGCACGCCGCCCGCCUCCGCCCUCGCGUCCGACCGAAAUAGCGCGCCGCUCCGCCGCGCCCGCCGCCAGCACGCCCUGCCUCGUCGCGCCCGACCCCAGUUCGGAACCCGCGGAACGGCGCCCGCCCCGCGCCGCGCGCGCGCUCUCGCUACCCGCCGAGCUCGACGUCUGCACGGAACCCCAACGCCACGCCGUGCACAACGCGCGCUUCCGACAAACUUUCGAAGUAGCAGAUUGCUUAACGGUCAGUGUGGCGGAUCUCACCGCGCUCGACUAUCGCGGUGGUGCCCCGCGGCGUCCACGCCUGCCGCCACCACCGCCACCUCCGCGCACCCAUCAUGCACACCCAGCGCAUCCGCCACCGCCGCCUCCUACCGACAUUCCUCGGCUGCCCCCGUCUCCACCGUCGCCGUCACCGGCGCGAGAAUCCAGCGUCGGCAGUGAUUCCACUACAGAAUCUGAGCGAGCAUUUGCCCGCGAGAUGGAAGCAACGGCGCAUCGCCUCGACGAGACGGCGCGACAAGCGCUCGCGGACACCGGCGCCUACGACCGAGAACUGUCUGUGCUGACGGCGCGGCGGCUGCAAGACUCAUGGGGCGUCUGGGACGACGUGCUCGACGAGCUACGACGACGUCUAGAACCUUCCUCGCCAUCCCCGUCACCCCCCCGGACUCCCUCGCCGGAUCCUAUAAGGGAACCGGUAUUUACGUCGACGCCGUUGCGCUCCGGAGACGCUCGUGUGAGAUCCACACCGGAAUUACGAGCUAGAGCUACACCUAAUCGUGAAACACCAGAAGAGCUUCGAGCAUCGCUGCAACUAGUGGCACCACCGCCUGGUGCACCGCCCGCGCGUUCAGUGUCAGCGGGGUCGAAGGGUGUGACAUUCUCACCUGUGGUGGCGGAGGUUAGUUGGCGCGAGACUAGCGCGAGCACCACAACAAGCGAGAGCACGACGACGGGCAGCGACGACGCGAGCGACGCGGAGGUGGUGGUCGUGGAGGGGGGAGGCGAGGUCUCGCGCGCGCCGGCCGCAGAGCGCGCUACCGCCAUGACGGAUGCGGGCGCGCGUGCGCCGCGCAGUCGCAUAGCCGGCUUCCUCUCGCGGUUCGCGAAUUUCCGAUUCUCGGGGCGGAAAGAGAAAAAGUCCCGGGGCGCAGGCGCGCCAGCGCGGGUGCCGCUGAGCCAGCCGGCGAGUACGACGACGGCAGACGCGGGGCAGGGAGCGCGCGCGGCGGCCGCGACGCCGCAGUAUGUGCGCAUCCCGCUGAAAGAGGAGGGUGUGUCGCGGGCGGCGGCAUCCCCCGUGGCGGGCGGCGUGGCGCACAAGCCGCCGCGGCCGCGCCCGCCGCCCGCUCCGGCGCCCGGCGUGCUCGAGACCGACGUGGACACGCAGCGCACGGUGCUGCACGCGCGGAGCCUGCUCGCGCUCGCACCGCCCGACCAGAGCACCCCGCGGCCCCACAAGUCCAUGGAGUUCCUGCUCGACAAAGAAAGCGCACAGACUGUUCAGCCCCCAGAAAACGAGUUGCAGAAGAAUUCGGACCGCGUGCUUUCCGAGCACGAGUUGCGUGUCCAGCGAUCGUUGCAGAAGCUCAAUGUGCCCGAAUGGUACAAAAACGCCCCAGCUCCCCGCGAGGGCUUCCUGCUGCGUAAGCGACUAUCAGACGCGGCCGCGUCGGCCACGCGGUGGAGCGGGCUUAAUUCGAAGACCACCUCUCUGGGCAGCCUCGGCGGCGCCAAUGCGCAACCACCACCUCCACAGCUGUCGCCCCACACCACCAGCUUCGGACGUUGGUCCACUAGCCGGCUUAACUCGAAUCAAACCUCCCCGUGUUCUUCAACGCGCAGCAGCAUUCGCGGCACCAGUCCGCUGUGCUCGCCAUCGACGAGAUCUUCGUUUAGCGCUCGUCAACCAUACCUCGGAUGGAGGAGUCAGGAGCGCCUGAACAACGUGCCUAGAACGCCACAUGAGAGGCUAGCGUCAUCUCUGCUCCAGCAACAACAAUCAACAAAGGCAUCGGAGGAAAUUCAAUCGUCGAUAAAAGAAGUGACGUCAGCGAUAGUGCACUACGUCUCGGCGUUAGAACCAGCCAACGGCGACGUCGAUCGCCAGCCCUCGCCGCGCUCCAGCCAGAAGCUCUAUUGGCUUGAGAGUUCUUUUGUCGGUACAAAACCGCUAGAAUCGCCCCAGACACCUCUAGUGGUAUCGGAGGCCUUACCUCCGCCGCACCCUCGGCCGCCAUCGUCGCUGCGGCUCGACCACCGUGCCGCUCCUGACUGGCAAGAGUCCCAACGGUCGUUGGCCCUGGGCCUCACGCUGCCUUCUCCUGGCUCCACAACUCUCGAGGACGUGCUGGACUCGCUUCUGGGCCUGCCUUCGCAGCCUACCAGGGUGCCCACACCCCAGCCCAGCCCUAGGAAAGCCACCAGCCCCUUCUAUUUGAUAGGGGGCAAGAGCCCACGUUACGAGCAGCUGGCCAGCAGUGGGCACAGCAGCGCCUCCCCGGCGUCGCGGCUAUUGGGCACGCCCAGCGACGGGCCCAGCUCCUUCACCGACCCCAGUCCUGAACACGACCGACCAGGCACGGAUACAGUUGAUAAUCUUGCUCCAAUGCAAGAGUCGCGAAGGCCUCGCUCGGCGCAGGGUGAUCGAUCUCGCCGAAGAAGCGAGCCCUUCGCGCAAGCAAGUGCCUCUCUGAAUCGGCGCACUAGCCUCGACGCUGGAGGAUCCCGCGUCACAGACUCCCAGAUGACCCACCACGACUCCAAAACAUCCCUUGUCUCCCUAAACACUGAGAACAGCACCGAAGAAGCCUUCGUCAAGUGCAAAUACCCCAAGUGUACCUCUCGCGCUUCGUUGGUAGACGCCAAGAGGCACUACAAAACAUGUCACAAUUGUACUACAAUGUACUGCUCAAAAGAGUGCCGAAGAGCACACUGGGAGAAACACAGAAAAGUCUGCUUGCACUCACGAGCCAGCGCACUCUGCCGGCAAAUAAUAUCAGCAGCCAAAGAAGACGCAGACUCGUUGCAUCAAAUUAGCACGAUAGCUCACAACGGAUACCUAGCGCAUGGACGAGGUGUCGUUAAAGUCUUCUUCACUAGUCCAGAAGCUGCGGAGAAAUUCGCGAACCAUGGCUUUCAAUAUUUAAGUGAACCCGAAUACGUAAAAUGGACGUCUCUCCAGCCAAACGAGAUGGGCGUCGAAUUGUACACUGAAGUCGUUAAACUAUGCAAAGCCUACAAUCCCGAGGCGAGAGUCAUCCUGUACGUGGCGGUUUGUAUAAUCAGCGAGGUUCCAACUAAAGGUGCAGUGAAAUGGGAAAGGCAGAUGGUAUCAAGAUGUGCCAAGUUACGCCUUAGCAAAACUGUCACUGCCGUGAUACAAGAACAGAACAGAAAGCGACAUAAAAAAGAUAGUAAAAACACACCCGAGGAGAGGGAAACUUUGGUUUUAACAUCUAAGAUGAUCACAGCUGGGGAUAAGAACGCGGCUACUGCUCACAAGUUUAGAGAAAUAUGCUUCCAAAACAUAUCGAAGGAACUAGAAAGCCGAGGAGUGAAUUUAAAAAAGCAUUUUCCUGAGGUGUACUCGAGGCUAGCGGCAUACGUAGAUGGAACUAGCGAUAGGUUUAUCCCGAUGACAAUUUAUCCUAAGGACGUAACAAGCGGAAAGUCCUUUAUGUGUGUGAUAAUGCCGGACAGUGAUGCGGAUAGUGGUACGCCGGUAGAUGGAAAAGUAACCACGGUGGACGUAGGUGUGGAUAGAUCACGACAUCAGCUCUCUACGCCCAUGUGAAAUAUUACGAUCCGACCGAGUUGAUGUUAUAAAGGAACAUUAGAAUUUAUUAUACAUUAUGUAUAUUAUAUAUUAAUUAUAACUCUCCAAGAAUCUCACGUGUGAACUAUACAGGGUGUUCUUUUUUCGGCCACGACACAAAUUAAAAUGUGAUUGAGCAUGACGACAUACAACCCAUGGGCAUCAUUCUGAAAUCACGAAUAAUCUCCUAUUUUAUACAUUUCAAUGCAAUCGAAACGGACAUUUUGUAAGGAGUAAUCGACAAUUUAUCGUUAUUCGCGAGGUUCGCUUAAUUUUAUAUUGCAUAUGAGUACAAUCACCUCUUAAAGUGUGUCUUGUGACCAAAUAAGCACUCUGUAUAAUGUUAAAUGUGCCCUUAAAAUAAUUUUAAGAGAUAUACUUAAAUGUAAAAAAUGUAAUGACAUCUCUUUAAUGCAAUCGAUCGGUGUGUCGUGCUAUUUACUCUUUAUGCGCAAUCAAAACCGAAAAAGAUA